AAGCUUGAACUAGAACUUCUCAAGCUAGCAACAGUUGACAGCUAAUUCUAAGGCAGAUUAUAAAGAAUGGAAAGAGAUUCCAUGGAGAGACAGUAUGAGACAGCCCGGAAGGCCCUAAGAGGAAAGACACCUCCUCAUCACACACUCCUAUUUCAAAGGGGUUCAGUACCAACACCCAACAUCAAUAGUCCACGUUAUUUUACAGCUUUAGAAGUACAGAAAGAUUUUGAACUUUGUGAAGACUAUUUUAAAACUGCCUUUCGACCAUAUCCUGAAAAGAGCGGCAUGGAUUUCCCUGUCAUCAGGAAAUAUUCUGCAUUACUUCAGUCCUGUCUGUGGUCAAAAGAAUUGCCUUUUCAGCCUCCAGAGGGCAGGAGUCGUUCACGCCCAGGAUCAAGAACAAGUUGUAGAGUGACGGAUCAGGACCUAAAAGCACUAUCUAAGCAGUCAUUUCCACGUGAAAAUUGGACUCUCCAACACAGAAGACACGCAUGCUCAGUCAUCAGUCGCCCAGGUUCCAACACCAAACCCCCCCUCCCUCCAAUCCCUCAGGGUGGCAAGCGGACCAGUGCUUGAGGCUUGAUCUUAACAUGGAAAACUUGCAUUGAUCAUGUCCAAUCCCUUUAUCUUACCUGGCCAUGGAUCCUGGCUGUUCUCACUCAGCCAACUACCUAUAAAAGAAUGUUUUCUAUGCCUUAAUUCUCUCAAUUGGUUUCUUUUGUGAUUCUCUGAAUAGUGUCAACCUUUUUUUUUUUUUUUUGCAGGGAAAGAUUGGCCCUGAGCUAACAUUUGUUGCCAAUCUUCCCCUUUAUUUUCCUCUCCAAAGCCCCAGUGC